UCUUCAUCGUAGGGUAGUUUAGUUCGCGCUCGACGUCGGUUGUGCGCGUCUUCCCCAAAGAAAGUGUUCAAAUUUUGAAAUUCAAAUUGUACCCCAUUUUUGGCAAAUUAUAAAGCAUCGUGAAACUAAAACAAACCCCGUUCAGGGUCAAGAUCAUGGUCAGUGGGAACGUGGUGACCUUUAGGAAGAAAAAGAAGGUGCCGUUGGGCUUUGCUGUGUGGUUCCUUUUGUGUGCAGUCACCUGCGCUUCCGGUGCUGAACCUCAAAUUACCAACGUAACCAACGUCGACGAUGGCACCCCUGACUCCCCGUACGAAACCCAAACAGCCCAGUGCACAAUCACUUCCGGCGAGGUAGAAGCCAGUGCCCAGGCCACCAUCAGCAAAACCCUCGUUGGGGUAUGCGGCACGGAGGAGAUGCUCGCCUCGUUCCGAGUUCUAGAAGCCAAACUUCUCCAAGAACUCCAGAACAUCCGAGCGAUGAUCCGGGAUCCAAACUUCAACCCACCACCGGUGCGUCCUUCGGAAUAUGUCGCCGUGAAGCGGACCACCACCCAGAUGGGAACCUCAACCGGAACAAAGCUGACAUCCCAAGAGGCACCACCUGCAGUCGGUACGACCAGUACGACAACGGCAAAGCCCGCCGACAACAACGGUGGAGUGUUCUUCCCGGAUGAUGACGAUGGCAAGGAUGGCGACGGAGAAGAGGAUUCCAACGUGUGGUCACGCAAACCGAACAGGGACAUGCUGAAGGAGAUGCCCGCCGGAGGUCGUAAGCCGGUGGCGCCACUCGUUCGGGUUGGAACGGACCACGCGGAAGAGAAGCCAACUAGUAGUAGCAACAACAGUCCCGUGCUGGAUUUUAAACCCAUUGACAAGCAUAUGGUGCAGACGAGAUUUUUAACCGGUGGCCUGCGCGACUACGAGGUGUACCGUUUCAACAACACUGUCGUUUCCAGCGGCGACGCCAAGGUGUUCAAGUACUUCUGGAAGAUCGAGCACUUUACCCAGCGGCUCCAAUCGAACCUGACCACGCUGACCAGUCCGGUGUUUGUGAUAUCUGGUCUCAAUUUGCGGCUCAAAGCCACGCUGAACCACGACGGCAAGGACAACAUCUACCUGCAGGUCGAGCAGCUAUCGUCGAUGGACGACGAACUGCGCAAAAAGCCCAACGUGAUCCUGCAGGAAGGAACGCUGUACGGAGCGGUGGAAACGAAAAAGUUUCUGCGACACAAGAUCAUCCUGCUGAAUCAGGGAGUACCAUUCAGUGACCUCAAUUCGCACGAGUUUUGGAACACAAAUACGGGGUUCACAAUCCCGUACCGGGCCUUGCUGACCAACUCUUACUUGAAACAGGACAAAAUACUCGUCGAGGUCGUCAUCUAUCUGUGAACCCAAUCCUUCGGCUAAGCUACUUUCCAUGAUAUUUAAAUUUUGGUGCAAUUUUGUAUUUUAUGGCUUAACAAUAAAUCUGAAACUCUCUGAGUGAACUCGCA